UUCGCAACCAUUUGACAGCCACUCGUCCUUUGCACCGCUGUCGAGUUUGCCCAUUUGCUGUGCGAGUGAAAAAAUAAUAUCCAACACACUGCCUUUAAUUUAUUUGUCGAGAGCGUUCUGUGCUGCACCAGGUGAAGCAUCUGCCCGGACACUAUACAAUAAACCGCACUCGUUUGCUUUGCAGCUCACAAGCGUGUAAAAUCGUGCUUCGCAAAUGGCUGUCGUGCAGCAGGCUGGCAAUUUGCCACCAAUGGCGUCAAACUCCGAGAAGGUGUUCCAGUGGAUAAACGAGCUGUCCAAUCCGGAAUCGCGCGAGACGGCCCUGCUCGAGCUGAGCAAGAAGCGGGAAUCCGUCGCCGACCUGGCCCCGAUGCUGUGGCACAGCUUCGGCACGACGGCCGCCCUGCUGCAGGAGAUCAUCCACAUCUACCCGUCCAUCAAUCCGGCCACCCUGACCGCGCACCAGUCGAACCGGGUGUGCAAUGCGCUGGCCCUGCUGCAGUGUGUCGCCUCCCAUCCGGAGACGCGCUCCGCCUUCCUGGCCGCCCACAUUCCGCUCUUCCUGUAUCCGUUCCUGCACACGACCUCCAAGACGCGCCCCUUCGAGUACCUGCGGCUGACGUCGCUCGGUGUCAUCGGUGCGCUGGUGAAGACCGACGAACAGGAAGUGAUCACGUUUCUGCUGACGACGGAAAUCAUUCCACUGUGCCUGCGCAUCAUGGAGGCCGGAUCGGAGCUGAGCAAAACGGUGGCCACCUUCAUACUGCAGAAGAUACUGCUGGACGACAGUGGGCUGUCGUACAUCUGCCACACGUACGAUCGGUUCUCGCACGUCGCCAUCAUUUUGGGCAAGAUGGUGAUAUCGUUAUCCAAGGAACCUUCGGCACGGCUGUUGAAGCAUGUCGUACGCUGCUACCUGCGACUUUCGGACAAUCCACGCGCCCGAGAAGCGUUACGCCAGUGUCUGCCGGAUCAGCUGCGCGACGGUACGUUCACCGCCUGUCUGCAGGAGGAUAAAUCUACCAAGCACUGGCUGACGAUGCUGCUGAAGAACCUGGACACACCGGCCGGUCCCGUUACCGAUCCGCGCCAGGUUGGCAUCGCUCCGCUUACCUCGUAGAGGGCGACCGGCGGUGCUGGAAAUUUCAUACUUCAAGGGCUGUAACCGUGCAACCAGUGCCAGCGUUGACGGCACAGGCAACGGAAGCGGGCCAGAGGGGACCGGCCGCCCAACAGCUUCCAUUGUCCGUGAGUGUGUGCGUGUGUAUUUUUCUUUCCCAAACCUUUUUGUUUUGUUAAUAAGCUGCCAGCUGCGCGUAAAAACGGCAGCGUCAGCUGUUCCUUUAGGAUUAGUUGCUCGAUCGAACCGCGCUCGUGUCCCACAUUACCACCCGAUUUGUUCCUCCAGGCUAUGGUGCGAAGCGAAGCUGUAGAGCGAAGCAAAAAAAAAAGAAAUAAGAGGAACGAGCGAUAGAAAGCUAAGACGAGCCAACCUCACUCCCCUAUUAAGAUGUACAGAAAAUUUUUAAGACAAAAUCCCAUUUGUAACGAAGCAACAAAACAGGAAACAAAAGAAAACAAAUGUGUAAAGAACUCGUGUUUCGUAGCUUUCUUUGAAAGAAGGCUUUUAAAAACGACAUUUAGAGACGUGAAAUAAUAGUGUAUGUCUGCUACUGUAUGUGUGCGUGUACGUUAACUGUGAGCGAUAGGGCAACAGCUGCUCAAACUCUGUUGAAGAACCAAUUAUUCGAUUAACAAAGAAAAACAUAGGAUUCAAAAUUUGGUUAAAUAGUCGAAGAAGUUAAAAGAUAAACAAAAAACGAAUCACGAUACGCUAGUUAGAUAGGUAGUGGGCGAUGGGUAAGUUUAUUGUCCACCCUCCCCCCGGAAAACGAGAGCUUUUGUUGUUCGGCAAAUUUUUACGCACACAGACGUUAGCGAAAACUCAUUCAACACUCUCUACUCUAUACCUGUUUAGUAUUAAAUAUGCGAUGAAACAUACAAUAA